CUCCGCUUCCUGCUCUCGGUUGCUAGGCUACCCGGGCCCUCACAGAAGGCGGUGUCGGGCGGGUGCAGCGAGUUUGUCCCCUUGCCCGCACACUGCUUGGCCUCUGUACCUAAGUGCGGUAGCCGCCUGCCUCGCUGGAGCUUUUCUGCCGCACCCAUCCGUGCUGCUUGGGACGGGCCGGGGCGCAAAGGCGGUCGCACCCAUCGCUCUGCCCUUCUGGGAAGUUUCUGCUCUCCUUCCUCCCUCCUACCCUUAGGAAACCCCGUCACCACCUGCCCCAGACCAGGUUCCUCUGAACCCUAAAUUCAAUCUUCAGGGCCCACUCUCCCAACCCCCUGACCUUUUUCCAUCGGCACCUACCGAGACGACUUCGUCGCGUGCUCCCAUUCCCCAUUUCUUUCACUUUCCUGUGGCGAGCAUCUCCCUUCUCAGGGAAAGGGAAGCAUGGGGCUAGCACCUUGGGAAGAAGAGGCGGGAAGAUACGCCGCCUUCCCUGUCUCAGGUGCACCUCUGGCCUCGGCGUGACCACCUUGUUUAGCUGAGGAGAAGCUGGGUUGGCAGGGUUUUCUGAAGUCAAGAGGGAGCUGGGGUGCGCCCGGCGAGGUAUUGGCAGUUUUUUCACUUGUCGUCUUCUGGCUUUGUAGCUUCUCGUGUGUAAUCAGCUGCCUAUUUGGAAAUUGGGCAGGUUUUGCGACUGGAUGCUGAUGUCACUGACUAGUUUUCAGCCUACCAUCCAGAAGUAACAUGUUCCCAGCCUUGGAAACGCACCUAAAGCAGACUAUUCCUGAUCCUUAUGAAGACUUUAUGUACCGUCACCUCCAAUAUUAUGGCUACUUUAAAGCUCAGAGAGGCAGUUUACCAAACUCUGCUACGCAUCAGCAUGUUCGGAAGAAUAAUCCUCAAUACCUGUUGAAUGGCUCUCUUGGGGAAAAAGAUGAUUUGAUACCAGACACCCUGCAAAAGGAGAAGCUUUUAUGGCCUACCAGUUUAUCUUCAGCUGUGCACAGACAGAUAGAAGCCAUCAACAGAGAUUCACAUAUGCUGAGUUUACCACAUCUUAGGAGCAGACAGCUUCUUUAUGAUGAGUUGGAUGAAGUAAACCCACGUCUUCGAGAACCCCAAGAGCUCUUUUCCAUUUUGUCUACCAAAAGGCCACUGCAGGCUCCAAGAUGGCCAAUUGAAUGUGAGGUCAUCAAGGAAAACAUUCAUCAUAUUGAGUGGGCUCCACCUCAACCAGAAUACUUCUAUCAGCCUAAAGGAAAUGAAAAGGUACCAGAGAUUGUAGGAGAGAAAAAAGGAACAGUUGUCUAUCAAUUAGAUUCAGUGCCUACAGAAGGUUCCUAUUUCACCAGUUCCAGAGUGGGAGGCAAACGAGGAAUUAUCAAGGAACUUGCUGUCACGUUGCAAGGACCAGAAGAUAAUACUCUACUGUUUGAAUCAAGGUUUGAGAGUGGGAAUCUGCAAAAAGCUGUCAGAGUAGACACCUAUGAGUAUGAACUCACCUUGCGAACUGACCUCUACACUGACAAACACACUCAGUGGUUUUAUUUUCGUGUUCAGAACACCAGAAAAGAUGCCACCUAUCGCUUCACCAUUGUCAACUUGCUAAAACCCAAGAGUCUUUAUACUAUAGGAAUGAAGCCACUCUUGUACUCCCAACUGGAUGCCAACACCCGCAAUAUUGGCUGGAGGAGAGAAGGAAAUGAAAUCAAGUACUACAAGAACAACAUGGAUGAUGGGCAGCAGCCCUUCUACUGUCUCACGUGGACCAUUCAGUUUCCAUAUGACCAGGACACUUGCUUCUUUGCACACUUCUACCCAUAUACAUACACUGAUUUGCAAUGCUACCUCCUGUCAGUGGCAAACAACCCUAUCCAGUCUCAGUUCUGCAAGCUCCAAACUUUAUGCAGGAGCCUAGCAGGAAAUACCGUUUACUUGCUCACCAUCACCAACCCAUCCCAGACCCCUCAAGAGGCAGCUGCAAAGAAAGCUGUGGUCUUGAGUGCCAGAGUUCACCCUGGAGAAAGUAAUGGCUCCUGGGUUAUGAAAGGCUUUUUGGACUUCAUCCUUAGCAACUCCCCAGAUGCCCAGCUCCUCAGAGAUAUUUUUGUCUUCAAGGUGCUUCCCAUGUUAAAUCCAGAUGGUGUGAUUGUGGGGAAUUAUCGGUGUUCCUUGGCCGGAAGGGAUUUGAACAGGCAUUAUAAAACCAUUCUGAAGGAGUCUUUCCCUUGUAUUUGGUACACCAGGAACAUGAUCAAAAGACUUCUUGAAGAAAGAGAGGUUCUGUUGUAUUGUGAUUUCCAUGGCCACAGUCGUAAGAAUAAUAUCUUCCUGUAUGGCUGUAAUAACAACAAUCGCAAGUACUGGCUUCAUGAACGAGUCUUUCCUUUAAUGUUAAGCAAAAAUGCACCAGAUAAGUUCUCUUUUCACAGUUGUAAUUUUAAGGUCCAAAAAUGCAAAGAAGGAACGGGACGAGUUGUUAUGUGGCAGAUGGGAAUCCUAAACAGCUACACCAUGGAGUCCACCUUUGGCGGGUCCACCCUGGGUAGUAAAAGAGACACCCACUUUACCAUCGAAGAUCUGAAGUCCUUAGGUUAUCAUGUCUGUGACACCCUUCUGGACUUUUGUGAUCCUGACCAAACGAAGUUCACUCAGUGUCUAGCAGAGCUUAAGGAGCUUUUACGACAGGAAAUCCACAAGAAAUUCCAUGAACUUGGACAAGAUGUAGAUUUAGAAGGAAGUUGGAGUGACAUCUCUUUGUCUGACAUUGAAUCCAGCACCAAUGGCUCUGACAGUUCUCUCUCAGAUGGUCUUCCUGUUCACCUAGCAAACAUAGCAGAUGAGCUGACUCAGAAAAAGAAGAUGUUUAAGAAGAAAAAAAAGAAGUCACUUCAGACUAGGAAACAGCGAAAUGAGCAGUAUCAGAAAAAAACAUUGAUGCAGAAGUUAAAGUUAACAGAAGAUACCUCAACGAAUUUAAAUAGAAGAGACAAAGACACCCCCCUGGACCCAUCAAUGGCCACCCUGAUUCUGCCUAAGAAUAAAGGGAGAAUGCAGACAAAUUUAAAUAGAAGAGACAAAGACACCCCCCUGGACCCAUCAAUGGCCACCCUGAUUCUGCCUAAGAAUAAAGAGAGAAUGCAGAAUAAGAAGCCAGGCUUUACAGUAUCAUGCUCUCCAAAGAGAACCAUAAACUCCAGCCAAGAGCCAGCUCCAGGUAUGAAGCCAAACUGGCCUAGGAGCAGAUAUCCUGCCACAAAGAGAGGCUGUGCUGCCAUGGCGGCAUACCCAUCCUUGCACAUAUACACAUACCCAUAGGUGAGCCUGGGCUGUGCCACACAAGCGCUUCAUCGGGGGUUUUGAGAUUAGACACAUUUUGUAAUGGGGGAGAUGUAUGACUGGGAACUGCAUUUACUCGUGGUAUACUGUGUUGUGCACUCAUGCCCUGACCUUACACUUUGUACUUACACUGUGGGCAUGUGGUCAAGAUGCAUACCUCAUGAAUUCAACUAUUUUUUCAUAAAAUGAAAUUUUAUUAUGAUGUGUAAAAAUGCUUUAUCAGAAACUGAAGUGUGUUCUCAUGGCACACUUCAUGGCAGCACAGAUAUACCUCAUUUUAACCAAUAGAUAUUCUCUCUAAAAUUAUGUGCAAAUCAAUUUUUAAAAAUCAAACUCUAUGUUAAACACAUUUUGGGAGUGUGCUAUAAUAAAAAAAAAGUGUUGUGUCAAAGCUUCCUAGUGACGGUCAGUCCUACUGCUGUAUGUCAGGUUUGCUCAAAAUGAGGUAUUCCCACAUAGAAAUAACAAUGCAUGUAUUACCCAGAAUUUAAUGUUGCGUAUCUUAUGUUCAACGAGGUUUUGUAAUUUUUUUAGCCUGAUGAUUAAAAUUCUUUCUCUC